CUGCCUAAUCAGGAACAAGCAAAAAGAGCUGGCUGUGGCACACAAUUAAUUGCAGAGGAAAAGCAGAGCGGAGGAAGACGAGGUAGACGAGGUAGACGAGGAAGAGUGGUGAAGAAGUAGAAGAAGAAGAAGAAGCAGUAGAAGGCGGACGAGGACGACGAGGAGCCGAGAUCGAUUGAUUGAUUGAUUGUUUGAUUGGUGAGGAUUCAGCAGCAGCAACAACAGCAGCGAUGAUCCAUCGCCGCCACGCUGUUGGGACUGAGAUCCCCCGCUCUCCCCGACUCUCUGCUUCUGCUGCUGAUUUGGGUUUUGUCCGCAGAGCUUGCAGCACCAGCGGGGUCUCACUCGCUUAAUCCCUGCUACAUUCCAUUCCAGAGCCUGGAGCGUUGAUCGAGAGGUGGGACUAGGGGGAGAGAUUGCGGUGAAGCAGGCGGUGUGAGCAGGGGGGGGGGAUGGGAAACGCAAGUGUGCGAGAAGGAGGCGGAGGUAGUGUAGGCGUAGCAGGAGCAGAAGGAGGGGGAGGGGUUGGUCAGCAUCACCAUCCGCAUCAGCAGCCUCCCGUGGGGUUUCAUGCUGCAGUAUCGGGUGGGCAGCAACAGCAGCAGCAGCGAGGAGGCCCCUCGGGACAUGGGAUUCGUGCGCAUUCGCAAGCGCAGCCGAUGCGUGAUCAGCCGAGGUUUGGGCAUGCGCCGUCCACUGAGAGUAUGAAUCAAAGCCCGUCUGGGAGCCCUGGCAGCGUCGCGCGAUCGCCUCUCACGUUCAAUCCUCAGGUGCCCAUGGUGCCCAUUUCUAAACCAAAUGAGUUGAAUUUGGGAGGAUAUGCACAAGCGAAGCGCACUCAACAGCAAAAUUAUUAUGAGACGUGUCUGUACGGAGAGCCUGAAAAGGAGGUGGCUACCAUGAUAGUGUGGAGUCAUGGGGGCGUCCAUGUUGGUGUCAUAGGCUCCUGGGAUAAUUGGCAAGUAAGGCAAUCACUCCAGAGAUCUGGUAGGGAUUUCACAUUGGUCAAGGUACUUCCCCCAGGAGUUUAUCAAUACAAGUUCUGGGUUGAUGGACACUGGAGGUACUCACCCGAUUUACCUGCAGUUUCAGAUGGCCCUAACAACUUAAACAAUAUGCUGGACGUGCAAGACUACGUACCAGAGAACCUGGACAGUGUUGCUGGGUUUGAUCCACCACGAUCACCUGAUUCCAGCUAUAACGAUCCACUGCCUGGUCCUGAAGAUUUUGGUAAGGAGCCUCCAUCCUUGCCCUCACAACUGCGUUUGACACCAUUGAACAUGCCUCAACAAAACGAGACCUCAGCAAAUCUUCCUCGGCCACAACAUGUAAUUUUAAACCACUUGUACGUUGAGAAGCAGACAACCACAGACAACCUUUCUGUCGUUGUGCUUGGUACCACAAAUCGUUUUCGAUCGAAGUACGUGACGACUGCACUGUACAAGCGCUUGAUAUGAGUUUUGGAAGCGGUUGUUGAGGACGGGGCUCGUAUACAAGUUGAAGACCAAGGUCCAAUUUAUUUACAUGUAGUGUACACAUUAGGCUGUGCCUAGCAUACAACAGUGGCCAGAGCGCUCUCACCAUAGCUCUCAGACCACAGGUCGUAGAACUGAGAUUUGAUUUCGAAGGCAAGAUGUGGAGACCUUAUUACUUGAAUUGUGAUCUAGCAGAGUUGGUACUCCUUGCACAGAUGUAUAUUUAAAUUCGCUGGACUUUAAUUUGCCAACUUCCCAACUGCGUGACUUCUUGUCUUGCAAA